AUGCCCAUCGUCGUGCCGGCGCAACAGCUGUCAAACUACGUCGGUCAGGAGCAAUCGUCCGACGAGUGGUUUCAGAUCGACCAGCAACGCAUUGACGAUUUCGCUGAUGUCACGCUUGACCAUCAGUUCAUACACGUUGACCCAGCGCGCGCGGCCGAGACACCGUUUGGUACGACAAUCGCUCAUGGCCUGCUGACGUUGUCCUUGCUGCCGAAACUCAUUGAGCCGGUCAUGGUGACGCCGGAGAAUGUCGUCAUGGGCAUUAACUAUGGUUUCAACAAGGUUCGUUUUCCGCACCCGGUGACAGUUGGUUCCAGGGUCCGCGCUGUGAUGACACUGCGCUGCGUUGAGGAACGAGAGCCCAAGCAGUUCAUGUUGCAGUCCGAUAUCGUCGUCGAGAUUGAGAGGAAAUCGAAGCCCGCUGUCGCUGCCCAAUCCCUUGCGCUUGUGAUUGUCGGCUAA